GUGGAAACCAACCUGGCCUCCAAAGACAGCCACUGGGUGUUCGUCAACGAGGAAAUCAGUGACACAGAGAUCCUGGAGCUUACCCAUAGUGCACUGGGGCGCAUGACGGUGAUCCGGCAGAUCUUCCCUCUGUGGAAGGACAGCAGCAGCAGAUGCAUGAGGCAGAACCAUCGCAUCUCCUCACUGCUGUGUGACCCUCAGGAAGGAUAUCUGCAGAACCUGGAGGUGUCCAACCUCUACCUGUACGACAGCGUGCUGAUGUUGGCCAACGCCUUCUACAGGAAACUGGAGGACAGGAAGUGGCACAGCAUGGCCAGUCUGAACUGCAUCAGGAAGUCCACCAAGCCCUGGAAUGGAGGCUGGUCCAUGUUGGAGACCAUCCAGAAGGGGAACAUCACCGGUCUGACGGGGACCAUGGACUUUAAGGACAGCGGGUCCAACUCUCACGUCCAGUUCGAGAUCCUCGGCUCCAGUUUCAGUGAAACCUUCGGUAAAGACAUAAAGAGGUUAGCAACGUGGGAUUCAGUUCAUGGACUCAACGGCAGCUUGAAGGAGAGUCGCAUCGAGAAUGGGAUGCAAGGUGUGACAGUCAAGGUGGUGACGCUGUUGGAGGACCCCUUUGUCAUGGUGGCGGAAAACAUCCUGGGACAACCCAAGAGGUACAAAGGGUUCUCCAUCGACGUCCUGGAUGCCCUCGCCAAGAUCCUGGGCUUCAAAUAUGAAAUCUACCAGGUCUCCGACAGUCGUUAUGGAUCUCAGCUCCCAAACGGGUCUUGGAACGGUAUGAUCGGAGAUCUGAUCAACAAGAGGGCUGACCUGGCCGUCUCCGCCAUCACCAUCACGCCGGAGCGGGAGAAUGUGGUGGACUUCAGUAAGCGUUACCUGGACUACAGCGUGGGCAUCCUGCUGCGGAAACCCGAGGAGAAGAUCAACAUCUUCUCGCUGUUUGCGCCCUUUGACCUGGCCGUGUGGGCGUGCAUCGCCGCCGCCAUCCCCGUGGUUGGAGUCCUCAUCUUCCUGCUCAACCGGCUGCAGGCGCUGCGCUCCUCUACCCAGAAUGCACCGGGGCAGCCAUCCGCCGUGGGCUCAGGGACUCUGCACAGCGCCAUCUGGAUUGUCUACGGGGCCUUCGUACAACAAGGUGGUGAGGGCGUGGUGGGUUCGGUGGCGCUCCGCAUCGUCAUGGGCAGCUGGUGGCUCUUCACGCUCAUCGUAUGUUCUUCGUACACAGCCAACCUGGCGGCGUAUCUGACAGUGUCACGCAUGGAUCACGCCAUACGGUCUUUCCAGGACCUGGCCCGGCAGAUGGACGUGGACUACGGGACGGUCCGGGACUCGGCAGUCUACGACUACUUCAGGAACAAAGGCACCAACCCCCUGGAGCAGGACAGCACCUACGCCGAGCUGUGGAGAACCAUCAGCAAGAACAACGGCAUGGACUACUCUGUGUCCAGCCCCUCAGAGGGGAUCCGAAAGGCGAAGAAGACUCCGUUCGCCUUCCUGUGGGACAUGGCGGUGUUGGAGUACGCAGCGUUGACCGAUGACGACUGCACCAUCACCGUGUCCGGAAACACCAUGAGCAGCAAAGGAUACGGCAUCGCCAUGCAGCAUGGCAGCCCCUACCGGGACCUGUUCUCCCAAAAGAUCCUGGAGCUGCAGGAGAAGGGCGACCUGGACGUGCUGAAGCAGAAGUGGUGGCCUCGGACCGGACGCUGCGACCUCCACGUCCACGCCAGCGCACACCCUGACGGACGCUCCCUCAAACUGCACAGCUUCGCCGGUAUCUUCUGCAUCCUGGCGGCCGGGCUGCUGCUGGCCUGCCUUGUGGCCGGCCUGGAGGCGUGGUGGAACGGCAACCGCUGCCGCCAGGAGACGCCCAAAGAGGACAAGGAGGUGAAUCUGGAACAGGUGCACCGUCGUAUGAACAGUCUUUUGGACGAGGACUUGGCCCACAAGCAGAUCCCCGGCCCCUCUAUCGAGAUCUCUGCGCUGGACAUCGGUACCAUGGCGCCGGGCCAGGCCUCGCUGGUCCCGGGCCCGGAGUCCGUUCGGGACUACCCCCCCUCGGCGCUCGCUGUGACCACCUUCCUACCGGGGGAGGGGAUGCCGCCUCCCCCUCUUCCCCACCCUCACCAUGGGGGGACCCUAGGCAGGACGCUGCCCCCGGCACAGGGUCCUGGCAGCGCCACGUUGCCCCCCCACCACCCGCUCAGCGGCUCCAUGUGCAAACACAGGGCCCCCAACGGGGGGCUGUUCCGACAGAGCCCUGGCAAGACCCCCAUGCCCAUGUCCUACCAGGCAGUCUCCGCAGGACCCAUACCCGAAGCCAUUGAGGCCACCCACAGUACAUCCAUAUAGGACCGGGAGGCGUGGGGGCGUGGACUCUGGUCCAGUUUGGGAUUGGGGGGGGGGGCAGAGAAAAAUUAUAGAAGAUUUAAAAAAAUAAAAAAAAAACAAACAUGUAAAUUAAAAAGAUUUUGUAUCUCACUACCUGUUCAGAGGAGACAGAGGGCGGUCCAGGGUCAGAGUCCAGAUCCAGACCCAGGUCCAGGGUCAGAGGCCAGACCCAGGUCCAGGGUCAGAGUCCAGAUCCAGACCCAGGUCCAGGGUCCUGUUCACAGUCUGGAGUCCUGGUCUCGGUCCUGGUCCCGGUCCCGGUCCUGGUUCCGGUCCCAGUCCUGGUCCCAGCCCUGGUCCCAGCCCUGGUCCUGGUGGACAGGUGUGGUUCUGCUCUUGUACAUUUGUGUAAAUACUCAGAGAACGCAGUGGGUUCAAGUGUAUUUUGAAUAUUCUCAAUUUUUGAAGUUGAGUUCAAUAAAAAACCGACAAAACGAGAUAAAAAUCUAUAUAUAACUGAAACGUUCUGACUGUUUGAAUGGCUUUGUAAAUUUUGUUCAAUAUGAAACAAUGACGCGAAAUUCAUUGUGAUUGUUUUCUAAGUGCCGAAAUUAAACGAUGUCUCUCCACAACUCAUCGAUGUAAACGACUACCCAUGAUGCACCGCUGUAGGGACAUGUUACUGUUAUGCACCUGUACGCCCCGAUAUAGAAGAAAACACACACCUGAGUUCUUUUCUAUUCUAUAUAUAAUAUACGUCUCUUUUUCCAAUCAGAA